UGAGACCCCUGUCUCUACAAAAAAUUUAAAACAGCUGAAUGUGGUAGCAUGUACCUAUAGUCCGAGCUCCAUGAGAGGAGGAUCGCUUGAAAUGACGGGGGAGGUCAAGGCUGCAGUGAGCUGUGAUCACGCCACUGGAUUAGGCUUUGGUUUAAGAGAAUGUUGUGUCUGCUUUAAUCUUCUACCCAGACCACUAAACUUUCUCAUGUCAGUAAUGAGACUGUUUCACUUUUGUGACAAAGUGACCCUGUUUCAAAAAACCCCCAAAAACCAAGGUAUUCAUGUACUAAUAAUACAUUUUAGACUACUAACAGUUAUAAUGAAAAUAGAAUCCAUAGGGAAAAAAAUAACUCUUAGGGCCUUAUGGUCACAGGAAAAUUUUUUUGUUGUUGUUAUUUUUAUUUUUUGAUACAGUCUUGCUCUGCCGCCCAGGCUGGCGUGCAGUGGUGUGAUCACUGCUCACUGGAACCUCAAAUUCCUAGCCUCAGGCGAUCUUCCCAUCUCAGCCUUCCUGAGUAGCUGGGUGGGUGCCACUAUGCUUGACUAAUUUGUGUUUAUUUUUGUAUGGACAGGGUUUCACCAUGUGGCUCAGGCUGGUUUCAAACUCCUGGGCUCAAGUGAUCCUCCUGCCACAGUCUCCCAAAGGACCAGAAUUGCAGGUGUGAUCUACCACACUCGGCCCAGAAAUUUUAAAAAGUUAAAUUUUUUAAGUUAUAUACUUGUUUUCUUUUUUUGGCAGAGAAAUGUGAUAAAUGCUCAAUGAAAGACUUUCAGGCAUAAAAUCAUAUUAGGAUAAAUUUUAUGAGGGAGUAGAAUGGAAAUAUAAUUUCUUUUUUUUUUUUUUUUUUUUUUUGAGAUGGAGUUUCACUCUUGUUGCCCAGGCUGGAGGGCAGUGGCAUGAUCUUGGCUCUCCACAACCUCCAACUCAUGGGUUCAAGCAGUCUCCUGCCUCAGCCUCCUGAGUAGCUGGGAUUACAGGCACGUGCCACCACGCCCAGCUGAUUUUGUAUUUUUAGUAGAGACAGAGUUUUUCCAUGUUGUUCAGGUUGGUCUCGAACUCCUGACCUUAGGUGAUCUGCCUGCCUAGGCCUCCCAGGGUGCUGGGAUUACAGGCGUGAGCCACCUCGUCUGGCUGAAAUAUAAUUUUUAAUGUAAAAUCUUGUCACGUGUUUUAGUGGAUAAUGGUGAAGUAUCUAAGCACUGUAGUAUUUAAAUUUCAUUGGAUACAUUUGAAAGAGUGAUAUAAUGGUUUUACUUUGAAAUGUCAGUAUAUAAUACACUAGAACUACUUAAAACCACUAUGAGACCAGGCAUGGUGACUCAUGCCUAUAAUCCCACCACUUUGGGAGGCCAAGGCAGGAAGAUCACCUGAGGCCAGGAGUUCACGACCACCCCAGUCAACUUAGUGAGACUUUGUCUCUACAAAAAAAAUAAAUUAUUUAUUUAUUUAUUUAUUUUGAAACAAGGUCUCUCUCUGUUGCUUAGGCUUGGAGCACAGUGGUGCAAUCACAGCUCAUUGCAGUAUCAACCUCCUGGGCCCAAGUAAUCCUCCCAUUUCAGCCUCCCAAGUAGCUGGGAUUAUGGGCACAUGCCACUAUGCCUAGCUAAUUUUUUUUUUUUUUUUGAAGAGACGAGGUCUCCCUAUGUGAGACCAGCUCAGGCUGGUACCCAACUCCUGUGGCUCCUCAGGCUGGUCCCAAAGUGCUGGGAUUAUAGGCAUGAGCUACUGCACCUGGCCAGAAAAUUAAAAAUAAACUAACCAGGCAUGCUGGUACAUUGCUAUAGUCCCAACUACUCACUCAGAAGGCUAAGGCAGAUGAUCACUUGACCCCAGGAGUUGGAGGCUGCAUUGAGCCAUGAUAACAAACUGCAUUCCAGUCUGCGCAACAGAGUGAGACCCUGUCUCAAAAAAAUAAAUAAUAAAAAUUUAAUAAAUACAAAUGGGGGGAAUUUUUUUUUCUUAAAACAAAGUCUUGCUCUGUCACCAGGCUUGAGUGGCGUGAUCUGGGCUCACUGCAGUCUCCACCUCCCAGGUUUAAGCGAUUCUCCUGCCUCACCCUCCCAAGUAGCUAGGACUACAGAUACACGCCACCACACCCAGCUAAUUUUUGUAUUUUUAGUAGAGACGGUUUCACCAUGUUGGCCAGGAUAGCUCCAUCUCUUGACCUCAGGUGAUCUGCCCACCUCGGCCUCCUAAAGUGCUGAGAUUACAGGCGUGAGCCACCGUGCCCAGCCAGGAAAUUUUUUUUAAUUAGAAAAAUUUAAAAACUACAAUGAAAGAUUUUAUGCCAAAUAAAAAAAUGUAUAGAGAGUCUGUAGGUCUUCAAACUUUUUUUUUAAGACAGAGUCUCACUCUCGCCCAGGCUGGAGUGCUGUGGCAUGAUCUUGGCUCACUACAACCUCUGCCUUUCAGGUUCAAGGGAUUCUCCUGCCUCAGCCUCCCAAGUAGCUAGGAUUACAGGCAGCUGCUACCACACCGGCUAAUUUUUUUUUUGUAUUUUUAGUAGAGACGGGGUUUCACCAUGUUGGCCAGGCUGGUCUUGAACUCCUGACCUCAGGCCAUCUGCCCGAUUCACCCUCCCAAAGUGCUGGAAUUACAGACAUGAGCCACCACACCCAGCCUAGUUCAAAAUUAUUUUAUAGGGUUCAUGACAGGCCACUGUUACUAGGUAUGGGCUUUAGGAUCUAGAAGGAAUCUGAUUGAUUAUCCAAUCUGUCUUGAUCAAUUUAUAGAGGAAAUUGAUUUACUGAGGACCAAAGAGGGUUCAUUGAUUUUCCUGAAGUCACACAGUUGGGCCCAGAACAUGGGUGUCUUUGCUUGCUCAUUCCUUUCACUAAUUCUUCUGUGCUCUGAAAUCUUACCAGUUUUGAGGAAUGAGGAAGAAAAAAAAGUGAUCUUGAAACAGUUACUAACAGGCUCUCUCUGUGGGUAAGUGGCUCUCUUCUGCCCUGCUGUUACAGCCUCAGCAAUCAGACUGGGAGGGCAGGCUUGUAGGGAGAGCCCAGAGGCCCAGGGUAGUUGGUUGGAGGAUAGACUUAAAGUUUCAAUUGACUCCUGUCUGGUGAUUGCCCUUUUAGAGUCUCCUCCACCCCAUCACCUGGGAGCAAACUAAUCUUUAGGGAUCUGAGGGUCAACACGAUCAACAGAUGAAACCACCAGUUUACACAGCAGCGCUGGGCCAAACUAGCCCCUUAGAGCACCUCAAUCCAGAUAGGAACUAGGGCAGAGCCAAGCUGCUGAGGUCACAGAUCACUGAAGUGGAGAACCCUGCUGAUCUGCCUCUGAAGACCUAAGAUGGUCACAGAGCUCUGCACAGCCACCUUGCUGCAUACUGCAGUGGUAAGCUCUUGUACUUAGACCCUAGGAAAAGUGCUAGAUCACACUGAUGAGAAGACUGACAGCUUUUUUUUAAAAUAACUUUCAAGGUUUGGUUAAUUUUGUCUUCAUGACCUCUGAUUUCCCUGUGGAGCAAAUGGUAAAGUAGGGGUAGGCAGAGAGGGACAGACCCCAGCAGCCUGUGGACAAGGACAGCCCUGAAUAGCUGGCCCUGAGACAUGAACUGGAACAUGGUUGGAGCCUGGAACACAGGACUAACAGGAGAGGACACAGACUGCUGUCAGGACACAUUCUAUCACACACCCAAGGCCAGGACCCUGCUGACGUGGCAGACCUCCACCCUGGCCCCUUACUGCCCCCGGCCCCUCUCCCCCGCCUGCCAGCUGCCAACAAGGCUCUGCCUUGUGUCUGCCACACCUGUCACUGCCUGUCCUUGUCCGGGGGGGCCCAUCAGCCCCUCCUCAGCUGCCCAGCAGAGCAAGCAGUUACUGGGGAGGGGAGGGAACAUGGAGCGGGGGGCGGUGGUGGGGGCAGGGCUGGGGGCUGGGGCCCGAAUCCGGGCACUCCUGGGCUGCCUGGUCAAGGUGCUGCUCUGGGUGGCCUCUGUCUUGCUGUACUUUGGAAGCGAACAGGCCGCCCGCCUUCUGGGCAGCCCCUGCUUACGGCGCCUCUACCAUGCCUGGCUAGCAGCAGUGGUCAUCUUUGGGCCCCUUCUGCAGUUCCAUGUCAACCCUCGGACUAUCUUCGCCAGCCACGGCAACUUCUUCAACAUAAAAUUUGUGAAUUCAGCCUGGGGCUGGACAUGCACCUUCCUGGGGGGCUUUGUGUUGCUGGUGGUGUUCCUGGCUACACGGCGUGUGGCAGUAACUGCCAGACACCUGAGCCGACUGGUGGUGGGGGCAGCUGUGUGGCGGGGAGCCGGCCGGGCCUUCCUGCUCAUCGAGGACCUGACUGGCUCCUGCUUUGAGCCGCUGCCCCAGGGUCUGCUGCUCCACGAGCUUCCUGACCGCCGCAGCUGCCUGGCAGCUGGCCACCAGUGGCGAGGCUACACGGUCUCCUCACACACCUUCCUGCUCACCUUCUGCUGCCUGCUUAUGGCAGAGGAAGCGGCCGUGUUUGCCAAGUACCUGGCCCACGGGCUGCCUGCAGGCGCCCCCCUGCGCCUUGUCUUCCUGCUCAACGUGCUGCUGCUGGGCCUCUGGAACUUCUUGCUGAUCUGUACCGUCAUCUAUUUCCACCAGUAUACUCACAAGGUGGUGGGCGCCGCAGUGGGCACCUUCGCCUGGUACCUCACCUAUGGCAGCUGGUAUCAUCAGCCCUGGUCUCCAGGGAGCCCAGGCCAUGGGCUCUUCCCCCAUUCCCACUCCAGCCGCAAACAUAACUGAAAGGAAUAAAAGCCAUUGGGCCUGGC